AGAAAUCAUGUAUUCAUUCGUAGGCCAGAUGAUAAAGUAGCCAUAUUAAUUUUAUAACAUAUUUGAGGGUGGCUAUGUUAAAGUACCUAAAUACCCAUGGAGAGAAAUUCGAAGUUCAAACUCACCUAUAUAAACUAUAAAGGACUCCAAAAAUGCGCAGGAUUGCCCAACCUCAUGCAUGAUCUCGGUCUGAGAAAUGAUUGAAAAUGGCCGCCUUGAAGAUACCAAGGAGUACUUCACCCCACGGAAACCAACCAAGGCUGGCGGAUGGGACGCUGCCAUUUUCAUCAUCUUUGUUGAAGUGGCAGAGAGAUUUGCGUUCUAUGGCUUGGCUAGUAACCUCAUCACGUACCUUACUGAAGAACUCCAGGAGCCCAACUCCACUGCUGUUAAGGAUGUAAACACCUGGCUAGGUGUGUCCUAUCUUUUCCCCAUACUUGGAGCUUACAUAGCCGACUCUUUCCUCGGUCGCUUCAACAUCAUCCUUGUGGCCUCCAUCAUCUAUUGCACGGGAAUGGCUUUGUUAGCCUCAUCGGUCUCAAUAAUACCAUUGAAUCAUCGAAAAGCAUUAUUUUUCACAGCGCUCUACAUAAUAGCAGUCGGGGAAGGGGGACACAAGCCAUGCGUGCAAACCUUCGCGGCGGAUCAGUUUGACGAGAACUUGCCGGAGGAGAAGAAGGCCAAGAGCUCAUUCUUCAACUGGUGGUAUUUGGGGAUAAAUAUUGGAGCCACUUCAUCCACACUUGUAGUGGUAUACAUAGAGGAUAAUGUAAGCUGGGCGGUAGGUUUUGGAGCCUUGGCAGCGGCAAUGGCAGUGUCACUGCUAGUAUUUCUGCUAGGACUGAAGAGGUAUAGGAAGCAGGGUCCCCUGGGGAGCCCAUUGAUCACCACGGUGGCCCAGGUGCUCAUGGCGGCGGCACGCAAGUGGCGCCUGGAACAGACGACCAGCGUUUUGGGCGUUUGUUGCAAUCCCGAGAGACCUGGGGUCUACAUGAAGGAUGGUCAAACGUUGAAGGAAAGGACUUUGGUUCUUACAAAUCAGUUGAGACUUCUAGAUAAGGCAACGAUCAUUGACGACACUGAUGCAUCAAGUGAAAGUAGAAACCCUUGGAGGCUAUGCUCACUGAAUCAAGUGGAAGAAGUUAAGCUCGUCCUCCUCCUCAUCCCCAUAUGGUUGUGCUCCUUAAUGUUUGCCGUAGACGCAGCCAACUUCCAGACCUACUUCACCAAGCAAGGUAGCACGAUGAACCGAGCAAUCGGACCUCAUUUCCAACUUCCCGCAGCAUCACUUCAAGCCCUUCUCGGAAUCACUGUCAUGGUCGUUGUUCCGGUGUAUGACCGAGUUUUGGUUCCGAUAGCGAGAAGAUUUACCGGACACCUUUCUGGUAUAACUUUGCUGCAGAGGAUAGGUAUAGGUUUAUUCUUGUCCUCGCUUAACAUGGCUGUGUCAGCUGUAGUAGAGGCAAAAAGGGUUAGCGUGGCAAAAGAACAUAACCUUUUGGACAGCCCUAAAGCAAUGGUUCCAAUGCUGGUUUGGUGGUUACUUCCACAAUACAUACUUUCUGGUUUGGCCGAUGUUUUCACGUUCGUUGGGCUCCAAGAACUGUUCUACGCUCAGAUGCCGGAGUCGAUGAGAAGUUUGGGAGCCGCAGCAUACGUUAGUGUUGCAGGCUUUGGAAGCUUUGCUAGUAGUGCUGUUAUAUCUAUUGUGCAAGCAAUCAGCUCGAGCUGUGGUGAAAAAUGGCUUGGCAACAAUCUUAAUCGCGCACACCUUGAUUACUUUUAUUGGGUGCUGGCCGGAAUGAGCGCUUUGAAUUUGUGUGUUUAUAUAGCAAUUGCUAGGCGUUUUAUGUACAAAAAAGUCGAAGGGGAUGAUAUAAAUAUACUUGACUGAAAGGGGCAUGCUAGCAUGAUUUUAGUGCAUUAUACGAUCUAUAUAUAUACAAUAUUAUACUUAACAUUGAGACUAUUUUGUUGGAGGUUCAUAUAUUGUUAAAGGAAACAACUCAUUAC